CUUUCCAAGUUGUCUAAUUCCAAAUAAUCCACAUUAUAUUUGUUUGUACUAAUCUCUUCACUGACUCUCUGUCCGAGCUACGCACUAGCUAGAAUGGCUGAAGACGGGGCUGAUGGAUCCACUGGACCCAAAGAUGCAGCUGUUAUGGAGGCAAUCCUUAAGGAAAUGGGAGUCCAAGAAUACGAUCCCAAUGUCGUCCAUCAGAUGUUGGAGUUCAGCUAUCGCUAUGUCACCAAUGUGCUGGAGGACGCACGGAUGUAUUCAGAGCAUGCUCAGAAGAAGGAGAUUGAUGUGUCUGAUGUUAAACUUGCCGUGCAAACCCGAGUGGACCACUCCUUUGCCACACCCCCUCCCAGAGAUUUUCUGAUUGAAGUUGCUCGGAAGAAAAACUCCACUCCUCUUCCCCUCAUACCUGAGAAGUUUGGACCUCGAUUGCCCCCGGAAAGAUAUUGCCUUACUGCUAACAACUACAAACUCAAGGAAAAACAAAAAGCCCCCUCUGUACAGAAACCUCAAGUAACUCUAUCUGCAACGUUCCGACUACCCAAGCAGCAGACCACUACUGCCACUUCUUCCCUAAGAACACAGUUGACCAGUCCCCUCGGCUCAGCUCCUCCUGGCAUUGGGUCUAAUGGAACAAGCAUGCCUACACUGACUGGGAAGAACACGAACACUAACAAUAGUAGAGACACUACACUUAACACACUAAUCAUGAACAUGCCACACAUAUCUAAACUGGAUUAAUCUUUUGUCUCGCUCUUAAUAUCCAUCAUGAUUACUUAAUGUUG